AUGAGGAUGAACUUGAAUGGUGGCCUGGGAAUCAGAAAGAAAUCAGGUUCCAUACAGGAGCGAUCUAUAAACUGCUCUGUCCCUCUUCCCCAACGGUUUCCUGGCACAAGGAGGUGCCCCACUCGUGAUAGAAUUCUUAGUUGGGGACUGCAAACAGACCCAAAAUGCCUCUACUGCAAUGUUGGAGAUGAGUCAAUUACACAUUGCUUUUUUGAAUGCAACUUCACAUGGGAAAUUUGGAAAAUUAUCGCAGCAAAGUGCGGCUUCUCUUCUACUAGACAGUGGCAAGCACUACUACUUCAGCUUCAACACCAUCCACCAAACAAGGUCCUCAAGACACUGCUUCUCUUGUGCUGGCAAGCGACUCUUUAUACUCUUUGGACAGAGAGGAACAACCGACUACACAACGCCCAUUUCUCAUCAUCUGCUGAGUUGGUAAGACAGAUCAAACUAACUGUUAAAAACAGAGCUUCCAGUUUAAGGAUUGACAGACCCAAGUUCUCAUCAUCUCUUCUCCAGCUUUGGUUUGCAACCUGA